UGCGACUAUAGUUCGCUGCUGUUGCCCCGGAUCCACCCCCGAGUCUUCUUUUCUGGGGGCUCCAACGCCCCCCGCAUCGCGAACGAGGUAGUGGCAAUUGAAGCCAUUCGUCAUUGCUCCGAUUGUUGGUGAGGCUCAGCCACCGCCUCUAUCGCGCUGUUCUCUGGGAAGACCUGAAAGUCGCUAUACGAACUCGCAUACUACCACUGUUCUGCCGAGAUGAGGACAGAAGAGCACAACCCGCUGAAUCGGCGACAUUCCUCUACGCUGCACUAUCAGACCUUCGACACCCCGCCGCCGAAAUCUCGCGGAAGACCGAACUCCGGCCAAUCUGGAUCAUCAGGCGACGACUCGCAUCACCAACCAAGCGAUUCUCAAAAUGGAUCGGGACACGGAUCUCCCCUGCCCAAGAAACAGAUGGCGGUUUUGGCGAUGAUAUCCCUCUGCGAACAGACUGCUUUCAACUCCGUCAGUCCUUACCUGCCCGAUAUGGCGUCCUCCUUCCCCGAAGUCGAACCGGAUAUGGUCGGUGUAUACGUCGGAGCGAUUGCUACUGCGUUCGCAGUAGCACAGCUGAUCACAAAUUACUUCUGGGGCUGGCUAUCUGAUCGGAUAGGAAGGAAACCGGUUAUCCUGCUGGGCACAAUCCUCACGGCGGCUUGCUUUUGCGCUUUUGGAUUUUGCAGAACGCUUUACCAGGCAAUCGUUGUUCAGGCGAUGAUGGGCGCCGUCAAUGGCAACCAAGGUCUGGUGUCCACUUGCCUGGGUGAGAUCACUGAUCGGAGCAAUCAGUCGAAGGCCUUCACCUAUCUGCCUGUUCUUUAUGGUAUCGGUGGCAUAACUGGACCUCUGUUAGGCGGCCUAUUGGUCUUCGAGCGGAAUCCCUUUGACAAAAGCCAACCCAACCCCUUCCCGUACCUCAUGCCGAAUCUGCUCGCCGGUGGAGUCUUAGUUGUGGAUUUCGUCCUGUCGAUAUUCUUCCUCGAAGAGAGCUUGGAGGACGCAGAGACUUUACCCGAUUUCAAGCAGAGAGUCCGUGCUCUAUUCGCGUGGUUGUGGGAGUGGACUAGCUCUGCAAAGAGCGCGAGUCGGGUAAAACCACCACAUGCUGGCAAUUAUCGCCACCUUCGUACGAGCUCGUACGAAAGUCAGGAUCACGAUAGCGAACUAGACUCGGCGUCUGAGGUAUCGGAAACUCACCAGACCCACCAUGAGUCGUUGACACGAAGUGAGAUUUUUAAUCGGGAUACUGUGCUGCUCCUUUUGACCUAUCUCAUUUUCGCUCUUUGCAACGUUGCUUUCAACUCGUUGUUUCCUAUCUUCUCGCAAGCCCGUCCCCCACUUGGGCGUGGCUUGACCCCUUCGGAGAUCGGUCUUGCUCAAGGGUUCUCUGGCUUUGUUACGAUCAUUUUUCAGAUUUGCAUUUUCGGCAAAUUGAGAGAUAAGAUGGGAAAUCGCUGGUCUUACCGAGCGGGCUUGUUUGGCUUCGUCAUUUCGUUCCUGCUCAUGCCUUUCGUCGGAUACAAGAGCAAUGGGGGUAAUGGAAUAAGCGGGAAGACCGCGCUUUUGGCAAUUGAGUUGUGCUUUGCGUUGCUCGUCAAAACAGUGGCCUCAGUUGGCGGACUGACCAGUGCACUUCUACUGAUUACCAACUCCGCCCCGGAUCAUGCCGUCUUAGGAUCCCUCAACGGACUUGCUCAAACCCUUUCUGCCGCAGGCCGUGCGGUCGGCCCAUUCCUAUCCGGCAGCCUAUUCUCUCUUGCAUCCAGACUCAAGCACAAAGGAGAAGCCAUGCCAUUCGGCGUUUUCGCCGCCGUCUCCUUUGUCGGGUUCAUCCUGAGUUUCGGCAUCCGAGGCCGUUCCCUCGAAGCCGAGGACUGGGAAAGCGACAGCGACGACACGUACAAGUCAGACGAUGACGAAGCCGAUGCGUGAGAGGGGCACAGUGUGCACCCUUAUUACUCCUACCAAUCAAUCAAUCACUGAUCCUUACAACCGAGCUAAAACAAGAAUAAUCUUUACGACCUCACGAUUUAUCACUUACAUUUCCGUUCCAUAGACAAGAGCACGCCUUUCGCUGAUUACCUUCCUGGCCUCGAGGACCUUACUAUUUGAGCACGUCUUUUAUGGUGCAUUUUUAUUCAUCCAUUCUUUCUUUUCCCCAAUGCAUACAGACAUGCAUGGUGUUCGGCGUCGUUAUAUGCGCGCAUUGUAUAUGCUGG